GGGAACUUUGUAACCCUUUUUCGUAAUGCCUUUCAGAAUAGAAAAAGAUAAUCCCAUACAUUGAAAACCUCCAGAUUUUUUAGGUCUUUUGUCAGCAUUAUUAGUAUCUGCUGAAUUAUCACCAAAUCCAAUAAGUUCUUCAUCUUUUACCAGUGCCAUGGUUGUAAAAAGUUAGACUAAAGCAUACAAUAUCUCAAUUAAUAUAUAUAUAUAAAAAAGUUGUAAGUCAUUUGAAAAAAAUAUUGUAAACUAACAAAGAAUCCAGGGUGGAUCUAGUUUCUACUUUUUGAAACAGAUUAAUCAAUUAAUCUCAACAUGAACUAAUACUAUUAACAUUAAAUCUUAAAAUCAGUACACAAUUGAUCAGUAACCUACAACUGACAUAAACCUCGUGGUUGGAGGUUGUAAUUUACACUAGGUUACAUUGGAAGGUUAUAGAUAGGUAGACUGUAUAAGUUUUGAGUUGCGGAAACGUGUCAAGAUUUGCUAAGUUUUAUUACCUAUAUUCAUUCUUUAAAUUAUCAAUAAAUAAGAAAUUAGAAGAAAAAUCAUGCCUACUAUAUCCGUUAAACGUGAUCUUCUUUUCAAAGCCUUGAAUCAGAGUUUCAGUGAAGAAGAGUUUAGUUUCCUAUGCUUCGAUUUUGGAUUGGAAUUAGAUGAUGUGACUAGUGAAAAGCAAAUGUUGAUAAAGGAGCAAGGUGCGACUGUAGCAAAAGAUGCCUCAGAUGAUGUAAUAUACCGCAUUGAAGUGCCUGCAAAUCGCUAUGAUCUUCUAUGUUUGGAAGGACUUGCUAUUGCCUUACUAGUCUUUCAAAACAAAAUCCAAUAUCCCAACUAUAAAGCGAUAGUUCCUAGUGAUCAAAAGUUAAUGCAAACACUACAAAUUAAGUCUGAUACCAAAAAAAUUCGACCUUAUGCUGUAGCUGCUGUGCUUAGGGAUAUUACAUUCACAAGUGAUAGUUAUGCCAGUUUUAUUGACCUUCAAGAUAAACUUCAUCAAAAUUUAGCCCGAAGAAGAACUUUGGUUGCCAUAGGGACUCAUGAUCUUGAUACAAUACAGGGACCUUUUGUCUACGAUGCCCUUCCUCCAGAUCAAAUUAAAUUUAAACCUUUAAAUCAGGAAAAGGAAUAUGAUGGGCAUGGUAUUAUGGAGUUGUAUGCUAAUCAUCCACAGUUGAAACAGUAUCUGCCAAUUAUUAAAGAUAGUCCAGUUUAUCCAGUAAUAAAGGAUAGUAAUGGAGUUGUUUUGUCACUACCACCAAUAAUAAAUGGUCAUCAUUCAAGAAUAACUUUGAAUACAAAGAAUGUGUUUAUCGAGGUCACAGCUACUGAUCUACAUAAGGCUAAUAUUGUUUUGGACACUAUCGUGACUGCAUUUUCAUAUCACUGCAAAAACCAGUUCACUUGCGAAACAUGUGAAGUUAUUUCUCCUGAUGGUAGUAAACGCCGAACCCCCUCAUUCCAAUAUAGAAAAGAAGUUAUCAAUAUAAAGAAACUCAACAAAUAUAUUGGCAUCAGGGAAGAGGCUGGUAAACUUGCCAACCUUUUGACUCGGAUGUGCUUAUCAUCAAAAUCUACAGGUGGUUCUGAUGUUGUUGUGAAGGUCCCACCUACUCGUCAUGACAUUCUUCAUCCAGUGGAUAUUUAUGAGGAUGCUGCUAUUGCUUUUGGUUAUAACAACAUAUCUAAGUCAAUUCCCAAAACAAAUUGUUUUGCCGAACAGCAACCAUUGAAUAAACUAACCAAUGAUUUGAGGCAACAGAUCGCUCAGUCAGGAUUUACUGAAGUCCUCACAUUUAGUUUGUGUUCCAGGGAAGAUAUUUCAUCUAAACUCAGACAGCCUUUUGAUGAAUCAUCAGUCGUAAUUGUGGACAAUCCGAAAACAUCGGAUUUCCAAGUGGUAAGAACAACACUUAUUCCUGGGCUACUGAAGUCAGUAUCAUAUAAUAAGAGUGCUCCAUUGCCUAUAAAGGUGUUUGAAAUUUCGGAUGUUGUUCUACUAGAUCCUAAUGAAGAAACUGGAGCUAAGAAUGUAAGGCGAUUAAGUGCACUUUAUUAUGAUAAAAAAUCUGGAUUUGAAAUCAUCCAUGGUCUUCUUGAUAGGAUUAUGCAGUUAUUGGAAGUUCCUUGGACAAGAGAAGCAGGUUACUACCUUGAGGGAGCUGAAGAUGAAACAUUCUUCCCAAAACGAAGUGCCAGAAUUAUUUAUCGAGGAAAACCUAUUGGUAAACUUGGUAUAAUUCAUCCUGAAGUAAUAUCAGCAUUUGAAUUAUCCAUGCCCUGUUCAGCCCUUGAAAUUGACAUAGAACAGUUUUUGUAACAAAAUAAUUUUAACUGAAAUAAAUUUUUUGUACAUAGACACGUAA